GCGUGUCGCAACGUGAAUUCGCAUGCCCCAUAGCCUUGCUGCGUCCAUUUGUUGAGACUUUUGCGUGUGAUUUCAAUUGGCCAACCAGUCAGCCAGCAAAGCAGCCAGCGGCUGUGUGGCAAUUGUGCUUCACAUUUAAUGAACGCAUUAAAAGCGCAAUUUAAACAAUUUGUUUAUCGAAUGUGUGAGCAAUGAACGCCCCGUAAUUAGCUCUCUGUCCAACUGUGCUGUUAAUCAAGACCAUUUGCUAUUAAAUCUUCAGGUCGAUUUAGCCAUUGUUUGUAUACAAACUGUGUGUUCCGUGUGCCGUGUGUGUCUAAUAAAUAAAUAAAACAAGUGCAAGCGCACGUAUUGUACAUAUGUAACUGAAACUGAAUGUCAAGUGAGCCUUGGGCAGCCAUUUGCCAUAUGCUUGUCGUUAAAUGCUAAUUUUCUCACCUGGGAGCAACUAGAACCAACUGCUAUACACCGGGGCUUUAAUGAUGCGUAAAUAUUGUUGAAGCCAACAAUGGACUUGACUAGCCUCAGCUGGCGCAUACACAGCCGCCGCAUGGGCAUUGAGCGCGACAUGCUUUAUGACGAGCGCCUGUAUUAUAUAGCACCGCAGGAGCCCUUGCUGCGCAACGAUGAUGAUUACCAGGAGGCGGCCGGCUCGCUGCUGUAUAAUGAAAGCAGCGCUGCGGAACUAAGCACCGAAGCUGCUGUCUACGCCUCAACUACACCCGCCCUGGAACGCUUCAAUGUCACCGUGCUGCUGAACUUUAGCUGCAACGAAGUCGAAGUGCAGUCGGAUGACGUCUGGUCCAAUGUUUACUUCAAGAGCGUCAUCUACUUGCUGUACAUUCCCAUAUUCAUAUUCGCGCUGCUUGGCAACGGCAUUGUCUGCUACAUAGUGCAGUCCACGCCACGCAUGCGAACAGUUACGAAUUACUUUAUAGCCAAUCUGGCACUGGGCGAUAUACUCAUGUCAUUGUUCUGCGUGCCCUCGUCGUUCAUCUCGCUCUACAUUCUCAACUACUGGCCAUUUGGCAUUGUACUCUGCCACUUUGUCAACUACUCACAGGUUGUCUCAGUGCUGGUCAGCGCCUAUACGCUGGUCGCCAUCAGCAUUGAUCGCUACAUAGCCAUCAUGUGGCCACUGCGCCCACGCAUCACCAAGCGUUAUGCUAAAUUUAUAAUUGCUGGCGUUUGGUUCAUAGCGCUGGCUACGGCGUUUCCCAUACCAGUUGUAUCCCGACUGGUCAUACCGGAGUCCUUGUGGCAUCAGAAGUGUGAAAAAUACAUUUGCCGCGAGGUCUGGCCCACCACCGAGCAUGAGCACUACUAUACGCUGGCGCUAUUCACGUUGCAGUUCAUCGUGCCACUGCUGGUGCUCAUUUUCACAUAUACGCGCAUCGCCAUUGCCGUCUGGGGCAAGCGACCACCCGGCGAGGCGGAGAACUCGCGGGACCAACGCAUGGCGCGCUCUAAGCGUAAGAUGAUCAAAAUGAUGCUGACUGUUGUCAUUGUCUUCACCAGCUGCUGGCUGCCAUUUAACAUACUGCAGUUGCUGCUCAAUGAUGAAAAGUUCAACGAUUGGAAGCCAUUGCCGUAUGUGUGGUUUGCUUUUCAUUGGCUGGCCAUGUCGCAUAGCUGCUACAAUCCCAUCAUUUACUGCUAUAUGAAUGCGCGUUUCCGUGGCGGAUUCUUGCAGAUCAUGUAUCGCGUGCCGGGAUUGCGACGCUGCUGUUGUCUGCAUCGAUACUUGCGCAGUCGCAACGAGCGCAGCUAUGAAGCAACCGGCACCGACGAUGCAUUCCACCUACAUCGUGUGAACACCUGCACCACCUACAUCAGCACAAGACGAAAACUGCGCACGAAUUCUAUGCAAAUGAGCCAAUUUUCAUGUGCCGAGACCACUGUCUUGCGGUAGCUUCCGCUCCAGAAACGCAGGCUAACUUGGAGCCGCGAACCACCUUUGGCGCAUUGCAUGUAAACGGCCUAAGCACUCAUAGUUCCACACAAUUCUGAAUGCAGCCUCUCUCAUUAGGAAUUACAACAACCAAAGAUAUGCUGAAGUCAUACUAGAUUUCACUAGCUCUAUGUAUAUGACAUGUCUAUUUAAUAAAUGUGUACUAUAAAUAUUGACUCAAUGUAAACAACAUCGAAAACAAAUUAAU